CGACAGAGUCCACAUCUGAUUGUUUUCAUGUAGUUACAUCUUUGCUGAGUGAAAGCACCUUCAUUUCAAAGAGUUCAACAUUCAGCAUUUCAUCACUUAUUGACUGAUUUGAUCAGGAUUUUUUCUUCAUGAUGAACGUGUCCCAGACAGUGGAGACAGAGGAGGACCUCCUGACUUGUGUCCACAUGAAGAUCUACCACCCGCAGCAGAGUUUUAAAGGGCUUUAUAACUGUCUCCCCCUGGGAACCAGGAGCAGACACUCUGCUGAUGAUCCUCUGAGGCUGGGCCGCGACGCCCAGGCCUGCAGCUACAGCCUGGUCGACCCCCGGGUUUCCCGUAAACAGCUGGGCCUCCACGCCUACCGCUCACCCCAGAGUCCAGACCUGCUGUUCUCCAUCCAGAACCUGAGCCAGAGGGGGCGGCUGUCGGUGAACAGCUCGGAGCUGGGCUACCUGGAGAGGAUGGACCUCCCAGACAAGGCUCUGAUCCGGUUCGGCGAGUAUGAGAUGCUGAUCACCCGUGAGUCCGGAGAGGCCAAGGCCAGCUUCGAGGUGGAGUUUGAGGUCCUCUCUGUACCGCCGUCCAGAGAGACCUGCACAUGUGAGCCUGGCGUGACAGCUGUGAUGGACACGGGCUUGAUGGACAGUUUCAACGCUCAGUUCAGAGCACUCGAGCCCCAGGAGAUUGAUGAACAAUCAAUACACAAACUUCAAAACUUGUCACUUUAGGCUGCACGUUUGGAUAAGAUCCCUCUAUGGAAGCUGUGAUUUUAU